GAAACAUCUUUUCAUACAUAGACGAUCUUCGGUCACACUAGCUGCAACCAGAAACAUGGCAGAGACCACGACUAAAUGUGUAACAGAUAGCUCUGGAACUGAUGAAUUAUCUCCUAAAGUCAAGAGGGCGAAACCCGACAAUGAAAAUGGUAGAGGAGAGGUUGGCCACGAAUCUGAAUCUGAGAAUAUUCUGUCUGGGUUUAAAACAUCCACCGUCUUGAGUGACUCUGCCCGGGAGAAAAAUAUCUUUAUCCAUGGAAAGCUUGCUGAUCAGGAUGCUGUGGUCAUCCUGGAGAAGACCCCCAUCAGAGAAGACACUCUGGCUGAGAUCUUCAGUGGCUCCAGGCUGAAGCUGGAGAUGAGAAAUGACAUCUACUGCACAUAUCAGUUACAGGCACCCCCUCAUCUCAAUGAGAUUAAGACCACAGUGGUGUGUCCAGCCACAGAGAAGCAUGUAAAGAAAUACCAGCGUCAGGAGAGUUCUCUGGUGGAGGAGACGGGGACGGAUUAUCAGUCCAUCACUCUGCCCUACAUUCAGAAGCAGAGUUUCAGUGUGCAGUGGGUAUACAACAUCCUGGAGAAGAAGGCAGAGGCUGAGAGGAUCGUUUAUGAAGAUCCAGACCCAGAGGUUGGCUUUGUUCUCCUCCCUGACUUCAAAUGGGACCAAAAACAGGUAGAUGAUUUGUAUCUGAUUGCCAUAACACAUCAGAGGGACAUCAGGAGUCUGAGAGACCUGUCAUCUGAGCAUAUACCACUGCUGCAGAACAUCUUCCAGAAAGGAAAGGAGGCCAUCCUGCAGCGCUACAACCUCCCAGCCAGUAAACUGAGAAUCUACCUGCACUACCAGCCGUCCUACUACCACCUCCACGUCCACUUCACCAAGCUGGGUUACGAGGCUCCAGGCUGCGGUGUGGAGCGCGCCCACCUCCUCGCCGACGUCAUCCAGAACCUCCAGUCUGACCCCGACUACUACAAAAACCGGACACUGUACUUCCCCCUGAGGGCAGACGAUGGACUGCUCAGCAAGUUCAGGGAGGCAGGAAGACUGUGACUUACUAGAUUUCCAUCCAAACAGUGUGUUUUCUAGAAUGUCAGACUGAAUUUGUUUGACAAAUGGUUGUUUCCUCUUCCAACAGCAACAAUGUUAGCUGUAUCCUCCUGUUGAUACCUACUGUAGGUGUACAGUUUGUUGUUUAACUAUGGAUUUACAUUUUUCUCUGUAAAAGAGAUUUUUAAAUUUAUAAUGUUCUUGAACACACAGUCUAAUAGUUGGAGAAUUUCAGAACUCUGCUGAUUAAUAAUCUCCAACAUUUUAUGCAUUUUAUACAUAUGUGGAAAACAUCAUUUGUACAUGUUUCAGUCUGAUUCCCCACUGCUCUAUAAUCAUUUUUUAUUAUUCCUGCUUUCAUUAUAAGGACAGGAGAGGACUGUAAGAGUAAAUGUGACUUGAGUCAAAUUGGUCUGUGUUUAAUGUUGUUUUUUUGUUGAUUUUCAUUUGUUUACUUUGUUAACUGAAUGUUGCUGAAUUAAAGAGUAAUCAUUUUUUCUACA